AAGAUUAUGUAUACAAACAUAACAACAUUCAGGAUGCCUAAUAAGAUAUUGCUACACCACAGAUUAGAGAUAUUGAUCACACAUGGAUUUUCUGUGUGCCAAGCAAAUAGGUCAUUACUUAUGCCCUGGGCUGAUAUCUGCUUCUACCUUACAUUAGAAUUUGAACAUGUUAGGUUGGAGCAUGUAUCCUCCAUCCCAAUGGUAUUUGUGUCUUUUUUCAUCACUUUGUAUUGCCAGGAAAAACGUCCAUGAGGGUGGAUGAAAACGAGAUGUCGGAGCUGCUGGACGUGGACGCGUUCAAGAGUCGCCUGGAGUCCGUGGUGGAGCGGCUCAGGGACAACUUUGUCAAACAGCUGUCCGUCCGCACGUCGAUCGGCAGCAUCGAGCUGCUGCCGGUGUCCUUCGAGGGCGAUCAGUACCCGCUGAACGAGCUGGCCCAGGUCGUCCGCAAGUCGGCCACCCUGGUGGUCAUUAACAGCUCCGCGUUCCCCGAGGCGGUCGGCGAGAUCGUGCGCGCCCUGCAUGCGGCCGGCAUGGGCCUCAACCCGCAGCAGGAGGGCACCACCGUCUACGUCCAGAUCCCCAAGGUAACACGAGAACAUCGUGAAAGCUUGGCAAAAGGAGCCAAGGCGGCCUUCAACACCGCCAAGGAUAAGUUGAAAGACGUGCAGAACGGCCAGCUAAGAGCCCUCAAGAAAAACGAUAGCGUCUCUGAGGAUCUUUUACGCAACGUGCAGUCACAUGUGACGACGAUGACCCACCAGUAUGUGGCGUCUGCAGAGACGAUGCUCAAGGCCAAGACGGCCGAACUGCUGGGCGACAAGUGAGCUGGCCAGGGCCGACCUGACGGACGGGCGGCCGGCCGUGUCCGGACGGCAACGCUGCCGUAAACAGUGCCCGGCUCUUACAAGCGACAGGUGUCGUUUGAUUGUUUUUAUAUGAGCUUUUGAGCGGGAUGGUGCCGUUCACAUGCUGUUGCUCCAGUUCCUCACACAGUCUGCCAGUUCUGUGGAGGGGCAGGGAACUUCCAGAGUCUCUGAGAGUGAAGUCACUGGCUAAUAAAUGUGGAGCCACUGUUGAA